AUGAAUACGAGUAAGUUUGCUGAGGUUCAGAGAGGGCAUUACACAUAUACUCCUCCACUGAAAAAGAGAAAAGUUGAUGACAAAGCAAAUUUAAACUCUUCUUAUUUUGUUAAGUUAUUAGAUGGUAAUGAAUUGGAUGAUAAUGUUAAUAGGAGAAUUGAAUUAUUCAAUCAGUUGUAUUCCCAUUUCCAUUCACAGGUUGGAGAUAUUAUUGCAAGUAUUGAAACUGACUUAAAGACGGAAAUUUAUAAUAUCCUAUUCAAUGAUACGGAAAAGGACAGAAAGGAUACUUUCAAGACUUUAUUUCUAUUAGGUUCAGAUAGUAGUACGAAAAUUGAGUUACCAAAGGAAUCAAAUGAUACUUUAAAUGCAUUAAUAGAGUUAACUCCAAAGGAAUCUCCAAAUGUGAGAAUGAUGUUGAAAAGAUCAAUGUUUAAAUUGAUUGUUAUUGCUGAUGCUCAAAAACAAAGUUGUAAAGAUAUUAAAACAGAAGACAUAGAAGACGAAGAGCUUUCGUUGAAAGAAGAAGAGAAUGAUAAUCAAAAAUCAGAUUUUAUAAACAUUGAGGAUGGAGAUGAUAACGAUUCAGAAGGAACAAGUGACGUUUCUUAUGACUUGGCUUUGGUCGAAAAUUUUAAAGAUAUUUUUGGCAAAAACUUAAAUCUAGUAUUCAACUUUAAAGAUGUUGAUUCCAUAAAUUUUGUUACUUUAAAUGAUUUUGUGGUCUUACUAAAAUCUGCAUUGAAAUAUGAGCAUGUUUCCGUCAGUUUGGUGUUCAAUGUUAACACAAAUUUAUCAAACAUUGAAAAAAAUUUAAAACAGAGUACAAUCAGGACUCUGAAAAAGAAUUUACACAGUUUAGAUGUAUCUAGGAAUAGUGGUUUCAAAUAUGUGAACCUUAUUUUCCAAAGUUUCUUGGAUACAGUUGAUGGUAAAUUGAAUUUAUCACAUGGAUUUGUAAAAUUCAUUUUGGAGAAGAUGGCAAAUAAUGCGAACCACAAUCUAGAACUGUUAAUCAAAAUACUAGACUACGCAUUAAUGACGUAUUUUUUUGAGAACCCAUUUUCUAUCUUCAUCGAUCCAGCUAACGUCGAUGUGCUUGACGAUUCAUACUUACGAUUACUAAGAAGAUGUCCAACAUUUAUGUUUUUCAUUGAAGGUCUACUUGAACAAAGUACAACAUUAGAAGAGGUAGAAAAUUUAAUGACAAAUAAAGAAAAUGCACUUGGUGAUUUUUUUGUUGAGUUUUUGGUUAGGGAAAACCCAAUAAAUAAACAUGCUAUAUUUGUAGCAGAUUUCUUGAAAAAUGAACAAACCAUUACGAACUUCAACCUUAUUGAACUUUAUGAUAAUUUAUUAAGUGGCAACCUUGAGACAUAUUUAAAAAGAUGGCCAUCUUGUCAUGAACACAUCGAAAAAUUAAAAUUCGAAUCUAUUGAUACAAUCUUUCAAGAAUUAUUUACUUUAGAUAAUAAUAGUAGUUUAUUAUCUCAAGCAUUAUUCCCAAGUUAUAAAUCAAAUAUGGAAGAUAAUUUAUUGAAUUGGGAACGUAUAUUACCUUCGGCCAAUAUAUUUAGUGAAGGAGAAGUAAAGGAAGAAGAUAAAUUAGCAUACACCAUUGGACCGAUCUUAGGUAGAUUAUUUGUAUUAUACAGAGAAGCAGACCCACAAAUUAAUGUGUUCGAUUUUUAUACUGCGUUUAAAGAGCAUAUUCCAAAAGAUGCAUUAUUAAACUAUACAAAAAUCAUUUCAAGCACGAACACCGCACUGGCUUCUAUUGUAAAUAAGCAUGAAGCGGAUGAAGAAGAUUUAAUAGAUAAGAUUACAUUGAUAUUAUUUAUGCAAGGUGUGUUUGAAUUAGAUCAAAUGGGUUUCAUAAGGGCACCAAAUCAAAAAAGUUAUGAUACAAUUGAAAAAGCUGUCUGGAGAGGUGUUUAG